AUGGAUGCUAUACGCCCCAUGGCACGCCCUCCUCACACUCCCCAUGGCACGCCCUCCUCACACUCCCCAUGGCACUCCCUCCUCACACUCCCCAUGGCACUCCCUCCUCACACUCCCCAUGGCACGCCCUCCUCACACUCCCCAUGGCACGCCCUCCUCACACUCCCCAUGGGACUCCCUCCUCACACUCCCAAUGGCACUCCCUCCUCACACUCCCCAUGGCACGCCCUCCUCACACUCCCCAUGGCACGCCCUCCUCACACUCCCCAUGGCACUCCCUCCUCACACUCCCCAUGGCACGCCCUCCUCACACUCCCCAUAGCACUCCCUCCUCACACUCCCCAUGGCACUCCCUCCUCACACUCCCCAUGGCACUCCCUCCUCACACUCCCCAUGGCACUCCCUCCUCACACUCCCCAUGGCACUCCCUCCUCACACUCCCCAUGGCACUCCCUCCUCACACUCCCCAUGGCACUCCCUCCUCACACUCCCCAUGGCACGCCCUCCUCACACUCCCCAUGGCACUCCCUCCUCACACUCCCCAUGGCACUCCCUCCUCACACUCCCCAUGGCACUCCCUCCUCACACUCCCCAUGGCACUCCCUCCUCACACUCCCCAUGGCACUCCCUCCUCACACUCCCCAUGGCACUCCCUCCUCACACUCCCCAUGGCACUCCCUCCUCACACUCCCCAUGGCACUCCCUCCUCACACUCCCCAUGGCACUCCCUCCUCACACUCCCCAUGUCACUCCCUCCUCACACUCCCCAUGGCACUCCCUCCUCACACUCCCCAUGGAACUCCCUCCUCACACUCCCCAUGGCACUCCCUCCUCACACUCCCCAUGGCACUCCCUCCUCACACGUACAUUGCUUGUGAGGUGCGACCGCCGCUCUCCCUUUCUCCCCUCCUUCUCCCCGUCUCCACCCGCCACAGCUUCACCCCAGAAAAUCAUGCACCUUUCUCCGUACCUUCUCUCCCCUGUCCCCUUCGCCCCCCCUUCCACCCCAACUCCUUCCUCUACUUAUUCGCUCUCAGUUAUCCGUACCUGUGCAACUCUCCCAUUUCCCUUGUCCACUCUUGCUUCGUGUUCCCUUUCACCUGUGAGCAUCAGAGAUGCAGACAGGGUGACGGGAGAGUGGGGAUAGGAUGA